AUGUCAUAUAUAUUAGGUAUUGACACAGAAUCAUCAUCAAGCAUUGAUUCGAAAAUUUGCAAUGUAGAGAACGGUGUUAAGUUGAAUGUAGCAGAAUUACAUGCUAUACAAACAGCAAAAAAACAUGCGGUUAGAAAUACCGUGUUGGAACAUUUAUCUGGAAGACACUUGAGUCAAUCAGUCUUAAAUUCUCGAGAAGUAUGCAUAGUUUUACUGGUGGGUCCAACAAAAACAAAAAAAAAGUAUUUUCUUGAAAAGAUAGCCGAAAUUGACCAACGGUUUUAUCGAGCUCAAAUUCAUACCACUAAGAAUUCGCCACCAGAUCUUGCAAAUGGUAUUUAUAAGACAGUUUCUCCAGAUAUAUUUAAUGAGAUGACUACAGACGGUGAUGACGAAAUCGAAAAAUGUGCUAAUGAAAAUAAAAUUUUGAUAGGAUUCACUAAUUUAGAGGGAGCACUUUGUUUGAAAAUGAGAGGUUUUAACGUAACAUUAAUUUUAGUAUUGCCAGAUAAUAAGAUUGCUUAUGAAGAUGCUCUUCGUCUUAGUCUGUGUACUAAGAAACAAUAUGUUGACAAAUUAAAAUUACCAAUUACUUCUGAAUUGUCACAUCACAUGUCUAGUAUUUCUAACCAAUCAAUAUUGUCCAAGAGUAAUAGUUUACUUACUAAAAAAGAAGAUUUGUAUAGUACUGAUAGUAAAAUGUCUUUUAAUUUGGAUAAUUCAAAAUUAGAUUCGUUUGUUAUCCACCAGUCGUUGAUACGAAAUGAAAAUGAAAAUUUAUACGAUGAGCUUGGCGAAUUGGAAAGUUUACCUCAAAGUCUAUUUCGAUCUGAAUAUGACUCUAACAUUACAGAAGAUGAUAGUUGGACAAAUGACAAUUCUUUCUCGGAUUUAAUCAGCGAAUGUCUUGAAAAUAUCAAUAUUUGUAAUGAUUUAUUUGAAAAAACAACAGAUAUAUUUCAUUCGAGGAUUUAUAACGAUGAUAACGAAAAAGCUUUAAAUGAAAUUUCUACUAUUAUGAAUGACAUUCUUUGGAAGUACGAAAAUAGUGAUGUAACAAUUGAUCAUAUACUUAACACUGAAUUUAUGUCAGAACACAUACAAAGACGUACCGACCAACUUUUAUCGAUGAUUCGUUAAAAGAGAAACAUAUGACAAUUUAAACAUGUCAACAAUUUUUACAUUUUUAAUUAAUUCAAUAUUAGUCUAUUGAUUUCGGAAAGCUGAAGA